UACGGAGUCCGCUAGCACUUAUUUACUUUGGAGAAGAGCAAGAGAACAGAGGCACACCAUCCCUCCUGAACAACUUUACCACCAACUACUCGCACCCACAUGCCGACGCGGCCCGCUCCCUCCAUGUCCCGCCGGACACACCGAGCCCGCUGCAGGAGCGCUCAAUCUUUUCGCCCUCCCCUGGGCGAGUGCGGCCGAUGCUGGGGCACUCCGGCAGCGCAUCGGGGUCCGCAGAGCCGAGUACGGGGAACCGCUGGAGACAGGACAGUGGCGACGGAUGGGGGAGCCGACUCCUUGGCACGCCGGAGCCCCUCACCUGGCUGGCCGAGAGGGCAGGAGGGCGUCGAGGCUUCGAGGCGCGGGUCCGCGGAGGCGAGGCGGCCGCACAGUGAUGUCCGAGGAGCAGGUUAGCCGCUGUCACACGCACAGUGGAGUCGCCGAGAGCACAAUGUGCGUUAGUCAGUGGCUCACCUGCUCCUGGAGGGUGACGGGGGGGCGGCGGGGCCCGUCUGCAGCACAGGCGACGCUGGCCAGCGCGAAGGAUGGGGCGCGGGAGGGGGGAGCCGCGCCGUGCCCGGGCUCCGCGGCGCGUGGAGCUGCAGCUCCGCGCUCCCACCCCCGGGACAGGCUGGCCCGUGCGGCCGCGGGGCCGGCGGCGCCCCGCAGUUCCGGAACGGGGGAAUCCCUCCCGGCGCGGCCGCCGCUCACCUGCGCUCCCGCCGCCGCCGCCGCCGCCAACUUCUCGCUCUGCCCCGGCCCGGCCCACGCCGCGCGCCGCGGCCCCCUCACCCCGCCCCCCCGCGCCGCUCCAGCCAAUAGAGACGCCGCGCGCCCGCCCGCCGGCUCCGCCCCCGCGCCGCUCCAGCCAAUGGCGAAGCCGCCACCGCCCGCCGACGGCCGCGGCGGGGCGGGGCCGGCUGGCUUCCAGUCCCCGCGGCGGUGCCAGAGCCACGAUGUGUGCAGUGACGGGGAAGUGCGUUCGCGGAUGGCGGGAGAGCGUCACGGGCUGCCCUCCGUGCCCGCCUCGGUGCGGUGCCAGCGCCGCUGUGCCGCGCCCAUGGACUCGGGGAGGAAUCCAAACGGGGGAACAUGCCCCCAGUCCUAUCCCUGGCGGCUGGCAAGCCCCGCGUGA